AAUUCUUUUCAUAAAUACUUCAAAAACAAACAUUUUUAAUUUAAUUCGAAAAUCUAAAGUUUCUUUCAAAUUCUCUUUAAAACACACAUAGAAACCAAACAAAAAACGACUAUUGCUUUGAAUCCACGAAAUUCCAAAUUCCAACGCUACUCUCACUUUCGACUCAACAACGUUAAUCUCUAACGAAGAAGAACAAUCAGAAAUAGUCACCACAAGUACUAGAAACGAAUAAAAAUGACGCUCAUUCGUUCAUUUGGCAACCAGCUCUUGCAAGGCCUCAAAACACCACUUCUCACAGGGUGUCUCGCGCGUACAAUGGCCAGUCAGAAUAAACAUCCGGGAUAUCGUUCACAGUGCGCAUCGGACGAUCCAAAGUGUGGUAAGAAUAAGCUUAAAGAAAAGAAAGACAAGGGUGAAUGCGAUAAGAAAGAUAAACCUAAGACUUCGAUGUGGUUGAAUCCGGAGUGUUGUCUGGACAUCUGCAAAGAUGUAUUGCCGCGUUUCGAUGAUCUCUACUAUAAACCCUCCGACAAGGCGAAGCGCAAGUAUACGCGCACCUGGAAUGAAUGUCCCGAUUUGAGGAUAGCACCGCGAAAGAUUUGCUGUUUCGAAAAUAUCUCGUUGCCACCAAUAGAACGACGCAAGAAGCGUGGUCAUCCGAAAACGGCAUGUCCUGUUGUGUCCUCCGAACAAGCCUGUUCGGUAAAAUCGAAUAAACGUUGCAUUAAGAUACGUUUGCCCGGCUGCGGUGCGGUGCGUGAUCCACCGAAAUGUUUCGUCAUCAAGGCGCCGGUUAAAUGCCGUAAAAUCUGCACACCAUAUCCGUCAUUUUCGGAAUGCUCACGACCCAAACCGAAACCGCGUCCGCCAGUCGAGUGCAAUUGCUUGGUAGUGGGUCCACUUUGUGGGUUACAUUAGUCGCGAUUUCCGAGUAUGCAUUAAAUAGACACGAUAUUGCCAGUGUGUAGGGCUGCAUUUAGUUCAACUAACUAUUUGUAUAUGUGUAUGGACUCAUUUAAAUGCUUUCAACUGGUGUAUUGCAUAAUUUCAGCUUUCAGUUUCAUGUUUGAAGCUGGUCAUGAUAGUGAAAGCUGAAAUUAUUGAGCAAGCUUAUUUAGUUGAAUAAAAGUAUCGUGAAGUUAUAGUCAUGUAAAAAAUAUGAAGAACAACAGUUCGUUGCAUUUCUUAAAACCUUUCCACUUCCACUUAAUUCGAAACACCCCAAAAUUUGAAAUGUUGAAACGGAAAAUGUAAAAUUAUAAAAAAAGUUCCGAAAUUAAUAAAAGAUAAUAGUAACAGAAACCCCCAA